CUUAGAAUGGAAGAGUUCAAAAAAAAUCGUUUUUUUGGACGGUAAUUCGUUUCUUUUUCAUUCUUGUUGUAGUCCAAAAGUCAGUGUGAGCUGCAAAGCGAACGGGUCAACGAGAUCUCCAUAGUCAAGAUCUACGGCAGCAGCGUCGUCGGUUCACAUUUUCUCCCGUCUCUGAGCCUCCGAUUCAUUCAUUUCCACCCAUUCCCCCCAACGCAGCUACUGUUACAGAAGAAGAAGCGGGGAGGAGAAAUGGGAAGCAGCGGCGGCGGCGGAGGAUACGGCGACGGGGCGGCGCAGAAGAUAGACUACGUGUUCAAGGUGGUGCUGAUCGGAGACUCGGCGGUGGGAAAGUCCCAGCUGCUUGCACGCUUCUCCCGGAACGAGUUCAGCCUGGACUCGAAGGCCACCAUUGGGGUGGAGUUCCAGACCCGGACUAUGCUCAUCGAACACAAGUCCGUCAAGGCUCAGAUCUGGGACACCGCCGGCCAAGAACGAUAUAGAGCCGUGACGAGUGCAUACUACCGGGGAGCAGUUGGGGCUAUGUUGGUUUAUGACAUAACAAAGCGCACAACCUUCGACCACAUGCCGCGUUGGUUGGAAGAGUUGCGGGCUCACGCUGACAAGAACAUAGUCAUCAUUCUAGUUGGAAACAAAACUGACCUCGAAGGGCAGCGUGCUGUUCCAACUGAGGAUGCCAAGGAAUUCGCAGAGAAGGAAGGGCUGUUUUUCUUGGAGACUUCUGCGCUGGAGUCGACAAAUGUGGAGCAAGCAUUCACGACGGUGCUUACACAGAUCUUCAACAUCGUGAACAGGAAAAAUCUCGCAGCUGCGGCUGAGAAUGGAGGGAAUGGGAAUCAAGGAUCUUUAACAGGGAAGAAGAUCUUGGUGCCUGGCCCUGCACAAGUCAUCCCAGAAAAGAAAUCAAUGUGUUGUAGCUCCUGAGGUGUGAUGAUCGGAUAAUACGUUUCUUCUGCCACUAAUAUCUGUUGUAAUUUGAUUUUGUACAUCUUAAAUUCCAUAUA